AUGGACGACUCCGAACUCGAACAGCGCGACACGCAGAUCCGCAAGGCCCGCCUCGAGCAGCUCAAGGCCCAGGGCGGGGCGGGAGGCAGCUCUGGCGGCGGCUCGAACCAGAAGCAGCAGCAGCAAGAACAGAGACAACAACAGGAGCAAGAAGCCCGCCAACAGAUCCUAAACCAGAUCCUGCACCCCGAGGCGGCGGACCGCCUGGGUCGCAUCCGACUCGUCAAGGAGCAGCGCGCGCUGGACGUCGAGAACCGGCUCAUCAUGCUCGCGCAGAGCGGUCAGCUUCGCAGCAAGGUCACCGAGGCCCAGCUCAAGGAGCUCCUCUCUGCCGUCGCCGAUACCAAGGAGGAAGAGAAGAUUGUCGUCAGCAGGCGCAAGGGGUGGGACGAUGACGAUGACGACUUGUUGGAUUUGUGA